AUGCCUCGCAAUGCUGGGAAGAUAACACCUAGAGACAUUGCUGAGAGCUUGGCAAUGUACAAUCAAGGGGUGGAGAAAGUUCAAGCAACCAUCCAGGGGUACACAGGACUCGUAGAGGCGUUUCGUGUUACUCCAGGAGGAGGAUUCAAGCUCAGAAUGGAGGCUUGGAAGGAUGCUUGCCAGUACACGUCUGGUUUACGCAAUGCGUUGCAGCGUCACUUCAAGAAGGUGACUGUCGGGGAAUGGUUCAGCGAUGGUGCUGUGCUGGUGCCCUGCACGGUUGCAGAUUCCGUUCAAAGGACAUGGGGGAGGGGUAACCGGCAGCCUCAUCCGAAGUGGGAUGACGUGCAAUGGACAGUGGUUGAGGUGAUGAACCCAGCUGAUGACUCAGCUGAAUCGAUGUCACGUCCCGCUGUUGGAGACGUUGAGGGCUCGGAGCGUCCGGAGUCAGACUCCUACAGCCGUGCAUCGCAAGAUGUUGAGCCAGAAACAACCAGCCCGGCUACAGCAGGACUAGAACAGGACAACACUCCAUCAAAUGCCUUGUCUCGUGUAAAGGAAGCAUCGGCUUCUGCAUCCUCUGUGUCUCCUUUGGUUGGAAUCCCUUUUUCCCCGGAUUUGUAUAAUUUUCAAAGUCUUCGUGGGGAGUCCCCUUUGUUAAGCGUGUCCAGCAGCAAAGGACGCAAAGUGUACGAUGUCGAUGAAGAACUUGAAAGGCUGAGACAGAUUAAGAACAUGCAAACAAACAAUGUUAUCUUUCCGGUCACUCCAGUCACAGAAUUGAACAUGCAGAUCAACGCCGGGGCAGACCCUCAUGUGCCUUGUAACCAGGUUGAGAUGAUGGACUUCGACCGAACUUCGUUCCAGAUGCAUCAGCAAGCGCCAGAUGCAGCAGGCGAAGUGCGCGAGGUGACUCUCAACGAGGACGGGGGACAUCGCUACGACGAUGGCAGCAUGACGUUUGUGAACGAGGGAAACGCAUCUCACUACCCGAACACUUCUUCUGCUCAGGCUGGAGAUCAAACGUGCUCCUCUGACUCGGUUGGGUUUCGAUUCCACCAAGUAGGCUCGCGACGCCCACGAUGGGAAGGAGAAGACGACUCGGCAGGAGAGGAUGUGACCUCUAAGGCUUUGCGAUCUGAAUGA